AUGGAUGAAUUUGGUGUCUUGGUUGAGAGCAUUGGGUUUAGAGCCCAUGGAAAAUCAGCUCUCGUGGCCAAAUUGAAAGCCCAAACCCAAAUCCUAUCUCCCGUGCAACUCCACUGCAAUGGCUCUUUCAAUGCCUUCGUUGACGAUAAUAUUUUUUGUGGGACCCUCAUGAAGGCGAGCCAGUAUGGUGGGUUCGAUUUGGAAUCCGUGUUUACCAACUUGAAUAAUAGGUAUUCUGCAUAUUACUAUGGUUUUAAUGAUUUGCUAGGGUUAAAUUCAAAGAUGGAAAAUCCUAUUGAUUCAGGGAAUUUUGGGCUUAAUUCUAGUGGGAAUUAG